AUGGCUGAGAGAAAGACCUUUGUGCUUAUUACAGGCUGUUCGCCUGGAGGCAUUGGACAUGCACUCGUCACCGAGUUUCAUCGUCGAGGCUGUCAUGUCAUCGCCACGGUGAGAAACACCGACAUGAUCAAGGACCUCGAGGCUCCCGGCAUCAGCGUCAUUCCCCUCGAGGUGACAAAGCCCGAGAGCAUCGUCGAGUGCAAGAACAAGGUCGCCGAGCUCACCGGCGGUCGUCUUGACAUUCUCGUCAACAACGCCGGUCGAACGCACACCAUCCCCGCUCUGGACAUGGACCUCGACGACGUCCGCGCCACGUACGAGGUCAACGUCUUUGGCCCCAUGUCCAUGGUUCAGAUCUUUGCGCCGCUCCUCAUCGAGGCCCGCGGCCUAAUCCUCAACAUCUCGAGCACAUCGUCCAUGGUGCCCUACCUCUUUGGCGCAAUCUACUCAUCCACAAAGGGCGCCAUCAACGUCUGGGGCCGAGCUCUGCGCCUCGAGCUGAAGCCCUUUGGCGUGCGUGUCAUGACGGCCGUCACCGGCACAGUUAGGUCCAACAUUGCGAGCCGCACUCACCGGUCGCUGCCCGAAAACUCGCUGUACAAGCCUGUUGAGGACGUGUUUGUUCGUCGCCUUACGUUUAGCCAGAACACGGCGACGGUGCCGACCGAGAUCUACGCGCGCAAGCUGGUUGGACAGGCUCUCAGGGGCGAGGGAUGGUUUGGAGGCUUGAUUGGAGGCACUCCUGACUGGUACUGGGCUGGAGGCAUGUCUGGACGGGUCUGGCUAUUGUCUUGUCUGCCCAGGUGGGUGAGCGAGGGCAUCAUCGGCAUCUUCUUCAAUGUUGGCAGCAUGAGCAGACGCAUCCAGCAGGCACGCGCCAAGAAGGACUGA